GAAAGAUAAAUCAUAUGUUAACCAUGUUUAUACGAGUUUGGAUAUUUUAACCAAGAAAAUGAUAUUUAGAAAAUUAUUAAGUGUAUCUUAUGUGAAUCAUGUUCGCGUUGCUAGAUAUCACGGUCAUAUUUUGGAUAAAAUAAGACCUAUUGGAUCGGCCCCGGAUAGAGAUUCCAACGAGUAUAAGGAAAAUUAUAAAAAUAUGAAGAAUCUUGUAGAUGAAUUAAAAGCAAACGUUUCCAAUAUUAUAAAAGGUGGUGAUGAGAAGGCUAUUUCUAGGCAUACUUCUAAAGGAAAAAUUUUAGUAAGAGACAGAAUAGAUAAUCUAUUAGAUCCUGGAUCUCCUUUUCUAGAAUUAUCGCAACUGGCUGCUUGGAAAGUGUAUGAUAAUGAAGAAGUUCCAGCUGCCGGAAUAAUUACAGGAAUAGGAAGAGUGAUGGGUACCGAAUGUAUGAUCGUAGCCAACGAUGCGACCGUUAAAGGUGGAACUUAUUAUCCUCUAACUGUAAAGAAACAUCUAAGAGCUCAAGAAAUUGCUAAAGAAAAUAAUAUCCCUUGCAUAUAUUUAGUUGAUUCCGGAGGAGCAAAUUUACCUAGGCAGGCUGAAGUGUUUCCAGAUAUCACUCAUUUUGGAAGAAUUUUUUAUAAUCAAGCCGUAAUGUCAUCUAUGAAUAUACCUCAGAUAGCCGUCGUAAUGGGUAGCUGUACUGCCGGCGGUGCCUACGUUCCAGCCAUGUCCGACGAGAGUAUCAUUGUUAGAAAACAAGGAACUAUUUUCUUGGCUGGCCCUCCAUUGGUAAAAGCGGCAACGGGAGAAGAAAUAUUGGCCGAGGAUCUUGGAGGAGGAGAUCUGCAUUGCAGACAGUCGGGCGUAACAGAUCACAUAGCUCAGGACGACCUUCACGCCCUUCACUUAACAAGAAGAAUCGUCAAAAACUUGAAUCGAGAAAAGAAACCUGAAGUUACACUUAAACCAUACGAAGAACCAGUAUAUCCUCUUGAUGAUUUAUAUGGUAUCGUUGGUGACAAUCUCAUGAAAUCUUAUGAUGUGCGAGAGAUUAUUGCUAGAAUUGUCGACGGAAGUCAGUUCGACGAAUUUAAAGCUUUGUACGGAGAGACACUUGUUACUGGAUUUGCAAGACUUUAUGGAUAUCCUAUAGGAGUAAUUGGAAAUAAUGGAGUUUUAUUUUGUGAAUCUGCCCUAAAGGGAACACACUUCAUUGAAUUAUGCUGUCAAAGAAAAAUUCCGUUGUUAUUCAUUCAAAAUAUUACAGGUUUUAUGGUUGGAAGGGAGGCUGAAGCAGAGGGCAUUGCAAAGCACGGUGCCAAGAUGGUGACGGCAGUUGCCUGUGCCAGAGUUCCCAAAUUGACUUUAAUCGUCGGAGGUUCUUACGGUGCUGGAAAUUAUGGAAUGUGCGGAAGAGCAUACUCGUAAGUUGAAUUUUUCUCU